UUGUUUUCCUUAGACUCACGUAUUCAACCACUCAUCCUAGAUUUUUUUUCCCUUGUUUCUCAGUUUUGUUAUUUUAUCUAUUUUACCUUUUCCAUUUUUACUUUCAUAAAUUUUAUUUUCUAUGCUCUGUUUGUUGCAAUUAUCAUUAUUGUUAUGCUGGGCGACCACUUUAGCUACGGCGCAAUCGCCACACACAGAUGGUUCCGUCACAGAAGAGCUUAAUGAUGAAGGCAUGUCAUCGUCUGUGACGGUGUCCAACCGUCCUAAUAUCGGUUUACCCGUCAGAUUUUGGUCCAUAUUAGAAUUGGACGAGACCCGUCGAUCCAAAAUCUGCAAUCAGCAGAUAGCGUUUUGCACAGAAGAAUGUGGAGGCCCGAAUUCGACUACUUCAAACUUCUGCAACACAACAACAAUGGCUUGGGGUUGUAGUUGCCAAAACAAAGUUCCUGAUUGUCCUCCAUACCAAUGGCCCGUCACCGUAGCGGAAUGUAAUGGACGUGACGAAGCUUGCCAACAAGGAUGCAAUUAUGGAGUGACCAAAGAUUUAUGCAUCAAAGGUUGCCACCGCUAUUUCAAAUGCAACCAACCAGGAAGUACACCGAGUUAUCUGCAGACAAGUCGGCCUGAUCAAAUCCCGGUCUAUAACAGCCCACCACCGGAUACAUCAGACAGCAGCAAAUUAAGAGCGUAUUACAUUUACUGUAUAUCAGUGCUCAUCUUGACACUGUCGCCUUUGAUGAUAUAAAAUUAAUCUUCUUUUUUAAUCUGUGAAAUCCAAUUGCAAUGGAAGAUCAAGCUCUUUUCAUUCAAUCUAUUAUAAAUAGUAAGGUUGAGGUCUAUAUUACAGUGAUUGCUGGACUUGCAGCACCGUGAAGUGGGAAACUGUUCAUGGGAAUAAUAAAAUCGAGGAGACGGACGUAAGAAAAAAAAAAACAAGG